GGGGAGAAGCGGUUCCCACUGGGGGGGACGCGUCUCGACGCCACCAAGAGGCGAUGAACGAAGCGGCGGCCCCGCUGGCCGGCAGGGACGUCAUGAGGCAGCGCCGGCUCCGGGCUGGCUGGCGACAUGGAGCCGCCGCGCCGCGUCCUGCUGCUCGGGGAGGGCAACUUCUCCUUCGCGGCCGCCCUGUGCGAAGCCGGGGGGACACACGUCGUGGCUACUUGCUACGAGAGCGAAGAGGAGGUGUCGCGGCGGGGCCGAGCCGCGCAGAGCAUCCGGCGGCUGCGGGAGAGAGGAGCUGAAGUUGUGUUUUCUGUGGACUGCACCAAGAUGACAGACUACUUUUCACCAGAGAAAAGAGGAUUUGAUCGUAUCUAUUUCAACUUCCCUCACUGUGGGAGGAAGUCUGGAGUCGUGAAGAACAGAGACCUUCUUGCCCAUUUUUUCCAUAGCUCCGCAGAGAUGCUGACAGAGGAGGGAGAGAUCCACGUGGCCCUUUGCAAUGGACAGGGGGGGACACCUGCUGAUCAACCAAGGAGGGAAUGGCACAACAGCUGGCAAAUAGUGGCUGUGGCAGCAGGAGCUGGGUUUAUCCUGAGUAACAUUCAUCCUUUUAAAGCAGAGACUAUCCCAGGAUAUAAAUGUACAGGCUACAGGAGCCAAGAUAAGUCUUUCCGUGUGGAGGGUGCUCUAAACCACAUUUUCACACGGAGCACGCCGCUUCUGCCUCCCAAACCCGUGACCUGCGAGACACAACUGGAGAGCCGGAAAGUUUAUUUCCAAGUACCGCAAGUACUCGUGGAUAAAAUUGAUAGGGGUUUCCUAGAACUAAACUCGUGUCAUCCAGUGCGGACAGUAAAGGAGAGGCUCACUGCGGAGCUCAGCCAAGCCUUUCCAUUACGAAACACUGACCACUGCCUUCCUCUGCUCCACCAGGGUCACCUCGAUGGGGUUUGUCACUCAAAUAUCUUUUGGGUCACUCUGAGCCCAGAGAAGACUCCAAGGACUGAAGAAAUGUCUAAUGAACUGGCAAAUGCGGUUUUAUUUUCCCAUGUUGAUUUUUGCGGGGGUACAGAUAAGAAUGGCUGGGUGAGCGUACGAGAGGGCUGCCACAGUUCACAACAGUAUUAUCUUAGACCUUCCCUUCUACCUUAUGCUCAGGCAGUAAUACAUACAAGAGCUUUUCUUCCAGGAACACUUCAUGUUCUUUGUGGUCCAGUUUUCAGGAAGUGUCUCAUCACUCCUCACUCCAUGCCUGUUUUUCACGAGAUGGUUUUUGUAUGUGCAGUUAACAGGGGUACAGAGAACAGCUGUAUCCAGAUGUUGGUGAAUAACAUUGAAACCAGCAUACAUUCUCUUCACAAGACUGUUUCCAGCUUUAAACCGAACAUCAAUCUGCAGGAAGCAAUGAGUUUUGAGACAACUGAGCUGGAUGACUUUGCUGCUUUUGAAUCGCAGCUUAGUAAAAUUCAAUGCUUCAUCUGUAUGGAGAGGGGUAUCCCAGGCUCCUGUGAGAAGGGUUCCUGGGUGGGAACUAUAAGGACAGCUCCUUAUGAACUAGUGAGUGGUGAGCUGGUUGUUGUCUUCGCUUCACUGAAUCUUGACCUCCUCGCCAUGUUGAUCUGUGCAAUACCUGACUGGCGAAUGCUCUGGACAUCAGACACACGGUUCCUCCGUCAAUUUCCUAGAGGAGAGUUAAGACUUUUCAAGAAUUUUUCUCUCUAUCCACCUUCCUAUGUGCAUGAUGUCAGCUUUUGGGUUCCUGAUGGGGAGCAAUUUGAUGAAAUCGCUUUUCACACCAUUGCUAGGCAGGUGUCAGGUGAAACGGUCAUAUCCAUCCAGUUAAUUGACAGUUUCCAGCACGCAGAGACUGGACGGAAGAGCCUCUGCUACAGGCUGACCUUUCAGUCCUGUGACAAGGCGCUGAGCCAUCAGGAGGCGGCAGAGAUGCAGCUGCUUUUUCGGAAGGAAAUAGAGCAACGCUUGCGUGUGACUCUUCGGUAGAGCAUCGUGUGUUGGUUUCAGGUGCUUGAGCAGCAUUUGCCCUUGUUGCCAAUCUAGAAAACGUUGCCUACAUCUUGUUGGGCCUCACACUGUGUGUUAGUGCAGUGCCUCUUACAAAGGUGGUGUGGACUUCAAGUACCUGCGCACAUUCCAAAUGUGGAAAUUCCUGUUAAUGAAGACCAAGUGUGUGUGUAAUGAAACCUCA